AUGGAGUGGGAUGAAGUGGUGUGGAGUGGAGUGGUGUGGAGUGGUGUGGAGUGGAGUGGAGUGGAGUGGAGUGGAGUGGAGUGGAGUGGAGCGGAGUGGAGUGGAGCGGAGUGGAGCGGAGUGGAGUUGAGGGGAGCGGAGUGGAGUGGAGUGGAGUGGAGUGGAGUGGAGUGGAGUGGAGUGGAGCGGAGCGGUGCGGAGCGGAGUGGAGUGGAGUGGAGAGAAGUAGAGUGGAGUGGAGUGGAGUGGAGUAGACUCGAGUCAAGAAGAAAAGGAGGAGCAGAAGAUAGAGUAGAAGGAUGUGGAGGUGGAGGUGGAGAUAGUGGUGGUGAUGGGAACAGCGGUGGUGGCGGCGGCAACGGUGGUAGUGACGGCGGCGGUGAUCGUCGUGGUAGUGACAGCGGUGGUGGUGGUGACAGCGGUGGUGGUUGUGGUGUUGGUGGUGGUGGCGGUUUCGGUGGUGGUGUUGGUGGUGGUGGUGACGGUGUAGUCGACGUUGAAUACGAACGCGUGAGAAAAUUAGUUGGGGCGUAUGUACCAACUGGUACGGAUACAGACAUUAAACCUCUGUCACCCGUCCUCAUCGUUGACAGUUCUCGAUCGUGA